AAAGCCUGGAUUGCCCGUAAUUACAAAUUCCUAAAGCAAAUUCGAGAGAAACUAAUAUCUAUGAAAUGUCUAAGUAUAUAUAUUAUAGAGGAUAUUAAGAAGUAUUUUGCCAAUUUUGACAAGUAUAGGAGAAAAUGGAGUAUUUAUACAGAGGAUAUAUCUAAUUUUAAUAAGAGUGGCUUCCAAAUUAGAGUAGUAACGGGGGAUAUUAUAUAUAUAUUACUGGAUUACGAAAUAGUAUAUAAUGCCGAUCCAGAUAAUCGAGAAUUAGUUAUAGUCAUAGCUAUAAUUAAUUACGGUAAAAGGAAGGUUCCUAUAUAUAUUAUUUUCAAGGGAGCAUAUUAUCUUUGCGGAAAUUUUCUAUAA